GUCAUCCUCACACACGCCGCUGAAGACAGCGUUCAUCUGAAAUUCGCACCGGCGGGGCAUUCACAACCAUGUUCAUUCAAAAUAUCCGCGUUUUACAGGUGCAAGUCAAACUAAGUUUACACACGGACGUACCCCGACCGAUAGUUAGUCAGAGAAAGUGACAGAGGAUACUUUGCGCAAGCAGUUUGAAAACUUUAAAUUGUGAAGUUGAGGACAAUACACUCCUGUAUGGCUUGAGGUGCUGGUGCAAUAAUGGAGCUUAACAGAGUAGAGGUGCCACUUUAUGGUCAGGUGAAAGUCUUUGUGAAGCUGCAGGUGUCUCAGUGUGUUCAGGAAGAGGCUGACUACUAUGUGGUUCUAGUGGGCUCAUCCCUUCACCAUGUAACCACAGCUUACAGAACUGAGGACCAUGGCUCACUUAGAUUCACUGUGCCUGGUCACGAUGUUCCAGAGAAAGUAUCUGUGGAGGUGUUCUGCUGCGUGGAGGACAAUAUCAGCCCUCUCUCCCAUACAGGAGAACUCUUUCUGGAAUACAAACGAGAUGAGGCUCAAGAGGCGGCAGACAUGCUAAUGACCAUUGAACCCUUGACAUCCAGCAGUCAUCAGGACAUCCUAAGGAAAUUCUGCCUAGAGAAAGAGAGCUCAUCAGAGCACAAUCAUUUAGAUAAGACUGGCCAGCUCGGAACAGAUGGGAUUUGUGAUACAAAUGAAUUAUUUCAAAGACGAGCAGAAACAAAACAGGGGCUCAAUAUUUGCGAGCAGGGGAUUUACAGCCUGAAAGAAGGUUCAGCAGCCUCUGAGUUUGAUUCAGAGCACAAAUGCACAGUUGGAAAUCACAGUUCUAUCGAUAUGAAGAUUACACAGGCUGUGGCUAACUUGCACUUAUUGGGAUGGGACAGCCAAGCUAGACAAGAGAAGCAAGAUCUUCUUCACAGAGAAACUCCUCUUCAUGUUGCCGUCCGUUUGGGGUUCCCCCACCUCAGUCACUUCCUCCUCCAGUUGUCUGAAGGUCAGAGGAUGGACCCCAUACUAAAUGAGGAAGGGCAGAGUCCUCUCUCCUUGGCUCAAAAGCAUGGAGACCCAGCACUAAUCAGUACUUUAACAGAUCCCUUGAGUUGCAGUGCGCGGAGGCCCUCGUGGAUGUGUCAGGUCUGGGCUGAUGGCUCCCACCAGCUCCGUUUCUGCACUGUCACUGACUCUAUUAGCCUGACUGUGAGACACAACACAAAAACAGAUGCACCAGGCAGCAUCCAGCUAUACAGAGAGAAGAGCAGAGAGCCGGAUACACUCAUACAGGUGAGGCAACUGAGAGAGCCUUCUGAGGGGAGCACCAACAGACCUGAUUUAUCUGACAUAGAUCUGAACGGCCUGCUGAGAAUUGAGGACUGUACCCUUGUGGAUAAUGUCUUUGAAGAACAGCUUGUUCUUUGUCUGGAUGAAGAGGAAGAGGAUUUAAACACAUUUAAUGCAGAAAAGUUGUGUUCCUCUCCUGGAUCCUGCACCCCAUUUCAACUUCAUUCCUCAGAGGCAGCUGCCGUCAGGCUCACAGCUACGCUCAGAGGCUCCACUAAGGAGGAUGACCUCAAUAUGAAGUACUCUGUUUCUGGUGUCACAGAGGACAGUUCUGGAACAGAUAGCGGGGUGUGGCAAAUGUCAGAUUCGGGUGUCUUGCCAACAGGGGCAUUAUAUAUUCCCACAUCAAUUAAAGAUGAAGAAGAUUGGAGGGGAAGGCAUCAUGCCUCUCAUUCUUUCUCUCCACCACUUAUGCCAUUCCCUCCCACAUCUGCAGCGGGUCUGGUGCUGGAUAGACUCAUGCGUGUCUCCCGACCUGUUGAAUUGACCUAUAACAGUUCAAGCUCACCUACAGAGUCAUGUGACCUAAGCCCAAGUCUGGUGGCCUUGGAAAUGGACAGUGAAGAGGAUGAUGAUGACGUUAUUUUAAUGAAGAAACCCCUCCCCCAGCAACACCCUGAGGUCAAAAACAGCAGAGAUGCUAAGUUUAACCCCGCACCUGACCUUACCUGCACCUGCUCUCACACUGCCUCCUCUGCCUGUAACCCCACCCCUGCAAAGGAAGUUGAGCAGGGCAUCCGCCUGCGUUCAUAUUCGUACACCUCACCUAAAAUCAGCCUGCUGCCUCCACGAUUCAGUAGGGACACCCACCCUUCACCCACCGACCUCAACCAGGAUGGUGCCCUCUCCAGUAGCAGUGGCAGCAGGUCUCUUCUACAGGCACUGUCUCUGUCUAAAUCUCUGUCUCUGCUCAACCCUGUUAAACACCGUGCCUGCAUCAUGACUGAACAGCCUCAAGAGAAAAGGGAGUUAAGGUUCCGUAGGCGUGCUCAGUCGGCUGAUGAUGAGACAAGUGAAGAGUUGGCCGACUCCCUGCAACACCUCACGCUCUCCGAAUUCCUCAAAGAGAUCGAGGAAGAGGAAUGGGAUAAAUAUAUUAUCCCUUCCAAGACGGAGUCUGAAAAAUACAAAGUCAGUCGCACGUUCAGUUUCAUCAAGAGCCGAAUGUAUAGCACUCGCAACAAGAACAAGGGGAAAGGGAAGGAGAGAGAGACCAAAGACCGGCAAGUCAAUGGACACCAGUUUUCAGCAGGAUCUGUCCUGGGGUCAACAUUUUGUGAGAUCUGCAGUAAGCCAGCCACUGGGAAGGAGGUCCUCCACUGCACAUACUGUGCUGUGAGUGUCCAUAAGGGCUGUAAAGACUCAACUACGCCAUGCCUGAAGAAACCACAUGACAAAUAUUCUGUGACAUCAGUGAAGAGUAGGACAGCCUCACUCCCUCAAAAUUUUAUAGUGCGUGAAAGUUCCUCCUCAUCCUCUCAGAUGGCCAACUCUGCCUCUCUUCCCGUUAUGACAUCACGAGUCUCUACUCCUCUGCCUUGCCCUCUGUCCAGAAGUGUGCCUGCAGUCACUGAAAGGCUUAGUGAGAGCCCGGAAGCAGAUAAUGAUUGGAGGAACCACAUACAAUCAGAGGAGCUCCUCCAAACCAUGGAAUCGUCAACAUCCACUGACUCCUCACUCAUUGAAGACUCCAUAGAUGCCCCUCUGCAGAAUGAAUUGGUGAUGAAUGCCAUAGAUUUGGAGGCAGAGUCAUGGAGCUUGGCAGUGGAGCCCCAGUUCUGCAAGAUGCAAGAAAAACACAUAAUCAAAAGACAGGAUGUCAUUUACGAGUUCAUGCAAACAGAGCUUCAUCAUGUGCAAACACUCAUGAUAAUGGCGGAAGUCUUCAGGCGGGGCAUGCGGGAGGAAGUCGGGCUGGAUCUGGAAACUAUUGGUCGAAUUUUCCCUUGUUUAGAUGAACUACUCUUCCUCCACCGAGACUUCCUGUCAGUGAUGAUGGAGCGCCGGCAAAGCUGCAUCCAGAUCAACAGCAACAAGAACUACCUCAUCCACCGUGUGGGUGACAUUUUCAUGCAACAGUUCUCCCAGGAGAAUGCAGAAAAGAUGAAGCAGGUGUAUGGUGAGUUUUGCAGUCACCACACAGAAGCGGUCAGCAUCUUCAAAGAACUUCAGCAACAGAACAAAAGAUUUCAGCUCUUCAUCAAACAACAGAGUAGCAACUCAUUGGUAAAGAGGCGAGAGAUCCCAGGAUGCAUUUUGUUAGUGACGCAACGCAUCACAAAGUACCCUGUGCUCCUGGAAAGAAUACUGCAGUACACAGAGGAGGGCACAGAGGAGCAUUCAGACCUGUCUCGUGCACUAGUUCUGAUCCGAGAGCUGGUCUCUGCUGUGGACCAGAGUGUUAGUCAGUACGAGCAGAACCAGAGGCUGAGCGAGGUCCUGGGACGUAUGGAGAACAAGUGCUCAACCAAGCUGAAGAGUGGAUACACAUUCCGCAAGCAGGACAUCACCAGUGGCAGAUUUCUGCUGCACCAGGGCCCACUGCUCUGGAAGACGGCCACUGGCAGACUCAAAGAUAUGAUGGCACUUUUGCUGUCAGAUUCAUUGGUAUUUCUUCAGGAAAAAGAUCAGAAGUACAUCUUUGCUGCUGUGGACCAGAAGCCACCAGUGAUCUCUUUGCAGAAGUUGAUUGUGCGAGAGGUAGCCAACGAGGAGAGAGGUAUGUUUCUGAUCAGCGCCUCUUCAGCUGGGCCUGAGAUGUAUGAGGUGCACACUGCUUCUAAAGAUGAACGCAACACCUGGAUGAGACUCAUCAGGGAGGCUGUGGAAAGUUGCCCUGAAGAAGAAGAUGAAACUACGAGUGAGUCAGAAGAAGAAAGGAGAGUGGCUGAAGCAAAGGUCCAAAAGAUCCACAGGCUACAAGAGUCUCUGUGCGGCCAUGAUCAUCUGAUCUGUGCCAAUCUGGAGGAGAAACUUCAUAUCUAUGCCGAGUUGUCAGUCAUGACAGGACAACGUGAGGCAGGACCAGAGCCCAGGCUGCUGGUACGGCCCAGCACUGAAGACAUUCCCCAGGCUGCUGUGCUGCUCAGUGCUGCUCUUAAAGAGACCGAAUCUCUGAAAGCAGCUCUCUCAUUUCACUGCACAUCCCCUGUUGUUCAAGAGGAGACCCAGGUUGAACCCUGCACUCCCCCAUCCCCUCUACCUUCUGAGGGCCAGAGCCCACCGGCUGACACCACCCAGAGAGAGGAGGAGCAGGGGAGAGGAGAGGAAGGCUUGGAAACACAGGCCCUCAAUCACAGCACAGACACUGGUAAUGACAACAUACACCUGAAGGUUAGUCAGAGUGUGCAGAGCUUAACUCAGCUGUUGUACAGUCUACAGGCUGCAGUAACCAUACAAGACAGUUGCUAUGAGGUCCAGAGGCUCCUCCUUCUUCUGUUAUCAAGCCCCUCCCCUCACCCACACUCCCGCCCACUACCCAUGGUUCGCAGCAACCAAGCCCUACAGGAGCAGGAGCGCCAGCGAGAGGUGGAGCGACGUCGGGAGGACCUGGCGGAUGUGGCCCGUCUGCGGGGUGCCCUGGCACGGGAAAGGCAGCAGUGGGAGCGGGAAAGCCAGGUGCGGGAACUUCAGCAUUGGAAGAUGGAGACUUCUCUGGAGGAGAGGGAAUUGUUGUGCCACCUAGAGGAACAGAGGUUGCAGAGCGAGCGACAGGAGCUCCAAGACCAGCUGCAGGAGUACCAGCAAAGUCUGGAGAGGCUGAGAGAAGGGCAGAUGAAUGUGGAGAAGGAGAAGGAGAGACUGGACACUCAGCGCAGGAUGCUUGAGAGUUUCAAGGACAGAUGCCAGCAGAAUCUGCCCGCCAUGGUCAUACCACUGGAUGAACAGCAAACACAGGAUGCCGGUCACGGUCAUUUGGGUGGCCAGGAUGAGCAUGGAUCCAUUUUUGUGAAUGAGGCAGCAUUUUGGUCUCCCUCUCUAAACAACAGACAUGUCCACCUUCAUCAUCCACACCAUCAUCAACAGAUUGCCCACUUGCACUCAGGAUCUCUAGGAUACUCGGACUCUCCAAAUGCUCAGAACAGUCUCAAUUCACUACUGGCACGGUCUAACCACAGACAGAGCUCAGCUGGAGUGUCAGAUGCUCCUACAAGGCAUGAGAGCUGGACUGGAGGCACAAUGUUCUCGGCCCCUCAGAGAAAUCAAGGAACAGGGAGCCCAAACAAUGAUGUGGGUCAGCUCUAUGUCCGAGAAUCUUGGUCAGAAGGAGUAACAGGAGCAGAGCUUUAUCAAGCCGACGUCCUCCUCGUCCACCAGCCCUUUGUUACCAUGGAGACAGAGAACAGAGAUACUGAUGGAGAAGAGAAUAUUGUGUAUCUAUGAAAUGACCAAACAAGCUUUAGUUGAUUUUUAUAAAAUAUAUUUUGAACUUGGAUUUGCAUUUUGAGAUUUGGACCAGGCUCUGAUUCCACUCUUUAGUUUUUUUUUUGUUUUAUCUUAGACCUUCUGUGACAUUCUCUUCUCUUUGUGUCUGUUUGUGAGAUAUGGUUUGUCUGAGUGGCUGUAUUUUGCUUUGUUGCCUAGAGCUUGCAAUGACAGAAUCAGGUUAGACAGUUUCAGCACACUUUUAGUCACACACACACAAACCCCACUACCACCCACAUUGCUGCAAAAUUUAUUUUUCUCAAAAUGUCCAUGUCCGUUUGCAUCGGGACACUAAAAUGCUGAUCCCUUUCUUGCAGAAGAUGAAAGAUGCCUUGAUUUAUAUAAAAGCAUUCACUGCCUGCAGCACCAUUCUGCACAGAUGUAAGGGUAAAGAAUCACAUUGCCACUUCUUUCAAAAUUCAAUUUCUCACAUUUGCAAAUUGGUUUCACAUGUCCAUAUGAAGGAGAAUGUGUAACAUGUGUCCUGCCUAACACCUCUAAAAUAUAAGCUUGUAUGCUGAUCAUACAGCCUUUGCCUGAUGAUCAGCAUCUUGUCAUGUGCAGUGAAUAUCUGAAAAGUCUCAUAAGAAUUGAGAUUUCACACUGUAUACAUCAUUGCCAAAUUUGUCUCUUGAUUCUUACAUGAGAUCUAAUUGAUCUUUAAAAAGGUUGUCAUAUUGGCCUAAAGUUUUUUUUAAAAUGCAUUAUGUAAAUUACCCAUAAUACACACACAUUCACAUAUCCCAAUAUAGCUCAGUUUCAUUGUUUUGUGUUAUGUGUAUAAAGUCAGUACUUUUUGGUGUGUACACAUAUUUUUGAAAAUGGCAUAAAUCCUGGACAACUGUAAUUUCAAGCACAUUCAUAAUAGAAAACAAUACUUUAAAAAUUAAAUGUAUAUAUCUUGAUUGCGUUCCCUUUUAAAUGAUUUAUUGUACUGAGGAAAAAAAACACCUUUUUCACUGUGCAUGAGAACACGCUAUCUUGUUUCAUUUUUUUUUUUUUUUCAAUGCACAGACCUAAUUUAUUGUUUAUAUGUUUUGAGGAACAAUUUAUAUCUACAUAGAGAUUGUUUUUGUAUAAUUGUUGUAUGUAGACAGUUUGACUGGUGUAUCGAAUGUUAAAUGUAGUAAACAUGUUGGAACCUGUUCAUAUAUCAACUUUUGUGUUUUCCUUUUUGUUGUACAUUUUCAUCUACAUGUUAUUAACACCAUGAAAUCUGACAUUAAAUAGAUAUAAAGA